AUGCUCAAUAUGAUUACUAAUUGUACUAAUAUAAAAAUUGAAGACAUUACAACCAAUUUCCACCAGGGCAGGGACACUUACCUACCAAUAUUGAAUACUGAAAUAAAGGCGGUAAUUGGUAUCCUCUACCUUGCCAGAGUAAGCUAGGCCAAUCAUUUGAACUUGAAGGAUCUUUGGAGAAAGGAUGGCACCAGCAUUGAAG